UAUCGAAAAUCGCUCAAGGUAAAUUAAAAACAGCUGGAAACCGGCGCAAUAACUGUCAAUUGUCGCUUAUAAAUUAUAAACAUAUAAUGUAAGCAUCUUGACAAGAGAUAUUAUUAGAUUAUAUGCGCAGCAAAAUUAUCCGUGAUUAUGAAUAUUAUAUCUAAUCGUGUCACAUCCCGUAUCAAACCACUUUUGCUUACAAGAAGUUUGUGGACAAGUUUCUCGAGGCAAAAAGAUGAUUUCCAAGAUUUGAUUCAUCCAGAAGGGCGGGAACCCAACAUUCCGCAUUAUGUGGAACGUGAAGGAGAAAAUGCUGAUCUAAAGAGAGCACGAUUGACAUAUCAGUCCCGUAAACGCGGAAUGUUGGAGAAUGGUUUACUUCUUAGCACAUUUGCAAAAAAGUAUUUGAAUACAUUCAAUGACACACAAUUAAGACUGUACGACCAACUAAUAAAUUUGCCAACGAAUGAUUGGGAUAUAUUUUAUUGGGCAACUGGUGUGAAACCAACUCCACCUGAAUUUGAUAAUGAGGUGAUGGACUUAUUGAAAAAACAUACUCGGAAUGAAGAUCGACAAAGUAGGAUAAUGCAACCUAAUUUGUAAAUCUGUAAAUAAUGUAUUACAUUAAGUAGUAAUAUAAUGUAAACAGAUAUGUAGUAAUAAUUUAGAUUAAUGUAAUU